AUGUUACAUGACGGCAUGCAUCCGAUCAGUAUUGCAACGCACCACGCUCGUGCCUACGAUGAAGACACAACAAUAACAACAUCACAGGACCAUGUAGUGCUCGCUACAGCUCAGAUAAAUGUACGUUCAGAAAAUGGCUACUGUCUACAACUCACAGCACUUUUGGACAGAGGGUCUCAGGCGUCUUUUAUUACGGAGUUUGCGGCGCAACAAUUACACCUUAAACGUAGACGCUUGCAGGUCCCGGUAACUGGAAUAGGAUGUACAAAUGCUGCAGUCUCUUCAGGCUUAGUGGAAUUCGACGUUAGCUCUAUCUGCGACCCAGGUUUCAACAUUGGGUGUACAGCGUUAGUUUUACCACGUUUAAGUCAACAGUUACCAGGCGCUCGCUUGGAUCCUACGCUUUUUACUGACCUUUUAAAUCUGAAUCUUGCAGAUCCUAGAUUCUAUGAGCCUGGUCCGAUAGACGUAAUUUUAGGAGCUGACAUUUACGGACACUUGCUCUGCGGUGAACUAAAAUUUUGUGCGGCAACAGCAAUCGAGCUCAACGAGUUAGUUAAAGCUCUUUGCGCUUUUAACGCGUGUGAAGAUGGCGAAUCGUCAUCUAAACUCACUCUUGAUGAGAUUUACUGCGAAAACUUCUUCGAACGUACAACUCGCCGGACCGGAUCCGGUCGCUAUAUAGUACGCUACCCAUUUAAACCAUCAGCUGACUUGUCUGUGCUUGCAGAUACUAAAUAUGAUGCUGAAAAGCUUUAUCAUUAUCAGAACAAACGCCUGAACAAUGAUAUUUCUUUUAAAACACUCUAUGAUGAGUUUAUGUCCGAAUAUCUCCAACUCGGUUACAUGCAACCUGUUUGCGAGGACUUUGAGCCGCAGCCUGUCUGCUAUAUUCCCCACCACGGUGUUUAUAAAGGCUCAAGCUCAACUACAAAACUACGAACCGUUUUAACACAUCACGUGAAACGAAAUGUGGUAGGUCACUAA